AUGGAGGGCCUUUUCGAGGAGUUCCGCAACGCCUACAAGGCCAGAUCCGGAUACUCUCUGGCACAAACGCUCCAGCCCUUCAGCCCAGCCAACAAGCCUGGAAGGCUCCGGUCCAUCUAUCUGAGCACAAACAUCCAAGAAGUCAAGGCCGACGUCAAGUACAUGCUUCAGGGUCGAGGGUCUGGAUCUAAGAAAUUCAAGCUCGACCACGAGGAGGCCAACGGCUGGAUAGAGGUCUACACGGCCUACUGGAAGGCUAUCGGCGAGAUCUUGAAAGUGGAAGGCGACUCCAGUACUGGAGGUAGGUCAUCAUCAUGGACAAAGGUGUAUGAGACGUGGAAGGAGUUCACCACCGCUCUCAUCCGAGGUUACACGAAUUACGGAUUCGAGGCCUGGACAAUUCCUUGUCUUUACACCGCAGGUAAGCAUCUGCGACUUUUCGCUAUCAGCUCGGACGAGGAGCGCAACACCACCGACGCUGCUGCCAACGCUAUGGAGCUGGGUGACGACUUCGAUCCCGACUUGGAGAAGCAGAAGCAGCUCCGCGACUGUGAGCAACAGCUCAAGCGCAUUUUCACCUUGUGUUUGAGUGACAGAGCGCCCCUCGAAGACUCAAGAAAAUGGGCCAUCUACUUCGUCAUCAACCUGCUCUUCAAGACCUACUUCAAACUUAACUCCGCCAGCCUUAGUCGGACGAUCCUCAAGGCCUUGUCUACGAACCGUGGAGACAUGCCCCCGUUGGAGGCAUUCCCCAAGUCACAGCGGGUCACGUUCAAGUUUUACGAAGGCGUACUUUUCUUUCUCGAGGAGAACUAUGUCGAGGUAGGGAGCCUUAGGGAUCGAAACCUGUCGAGUAUACAUCUGACAUGCAACAGGCCGAGAAGCAUCUCACUGAGGCAUGGUCCCUCUGUCAUAAGGACGCCAAGAGCAAUCAAGAGCGAGUCUUCCCAAAUCUUCUUGAGAAUCCUUACGUACCUUAUUCCCUGUCAUCUCCUCACCACCCACACCCUCCCAAGCAGCAAACUCCUUGAACCGUUCCCCCGCCUGCAGAAGCUGUUCCUCCCACUGUCGCGCUGCAUCCGCACGGGCGACCUGCGCAACUUUGACCUUGCUCUCCAGGAGGGCGAGGAAGAGUUUGUACGCCGCAGGAUCUAUCUCACCCUGGAACGCGGCCGCGACAUCGCGCUGCGUAACCUCUUGCGCAAGGUCUUCAUCGCCGGCGGUUUCGAGGAGGCCAAGGACCCCGGUGCGGCGCCGGUCCGUCGGACCAGAGUCCCUGUCGCCGAGUUUGCGGCUGCAAUCAGCAUCGGCAGCCAGGAGAGUGUGGAUCCCGACGAGGUCGAAUGUCUGCUGGCCAACAUGAUUUACAAGAACCUCAUGAAGGGCUAUAUCGCGCGUGAGCGCGGGAUUGUCGUCCUGUCCAAGAACGGGGCGUUCCCCGGAACAGGGGUGUAG